AUGGCGUCCCUACUCCCCCUCGACUUCUCCCAAAACCUCUCCUUCUUCACAGUCCCAGCCGCAUUCGGCCUCACCCUCCUUCCACAUCUCUACGCCGUAGGCUCAGCCGGCUUCAACGUCUACGACAAUUCAUAUCCCCGCGCCUACCGCGACACCCUAAUCAAGGACACGUCCAUUGACAAGAUUCGCAAGCAACGUAUCCUACGGGCGGAAGCGUGCUCCCUCAACGGCUUGGAAACCAUUGGCCUGUUUGCCGCGUCCGUCAUUGCCGGCAACUAUGCCAAGCUUGAUACCGCAACUCUCAACAACCUCUCUAUUGGGUAUUUGGUGUCUCGGUUUUUGUAUACCCUUGCGUAUGUCUUUAUUCAGAACAGGAGGUUGUCGUGGUUGAGGACGGCAAUUUGGCAGGUAACUGCUGGGUAUAUUGCCAUGUUUUGGAUCAAGGCUGGCUACAAGUUGCUGUAG